CAAGUUCCAUUGCUAUCUUCCAUUUUCGCCUCCUCUAUUCCGAUAUCUCAACCCUAAACUUGGACAACCACAAAAGCAAUAUGCAGGUCAUCCAUGCCACGGCAACCUUUUGCAAGCCAUAAAAGCAGAUCCCCUAUAAUAUUAGAAUAUACCUACCAGCCUACCUACGAUAGCGGGCACUGUACUCGUUCCUCCGUCGUCUGACUCGACACCGACUCUUCCAAUCCCGGUCCAAUCCAAAGCACCGUCUACGCUACAUACCCAGGACGCAGUACCGCUCUGUCUGACCAUCCAGCCAUUUCAGCCAUCUAAAAAUCUAGCCUAGCCUAGCCACCACAGAGUGCGUUACUGAAGGAUGCAGGCCCCCCUUGAAGAUGCAUUUUUGUAUAUAUCGCCAAUUGGCUAUAGAAAAUCAUCUAGUUGCGGUUACUGCCGCCGCAAGGGUCUCGGCCACUCCUAUUAUGCACGUGCGACGUCUAUGAGUCCAGCAAGCUACCAGGCUCUGGUGGAUCGAUGUUGGAGGCGCUCCGGAUCGCUCCUCUAUCGACCAAAUCAACGGGACGCUUGCUGCCCGCAUUAUACGAUUCGCCUUGAUUGUGGCCCUUUCCGGCCGACGAAAGAUCAACGGCAGGCUGUCAAUCGCUUCAACAGGUACAUUAUAGGCGAUGUCUACGCCAAAGAGGCUGCUCGCUUAUAUCCGAAGUCACGCGAGCAGGCUCGGAAGCGGGACACCGAGUUUGAUUUAGUGGAGAGAAUCCACGAAGCUGAGAGGUCGUUGCUGAAAGAACCGCCCGCGCCAUCUCACACCUUCACUGUAACCUUAGAGGCAGACGACUUUACCGAAGAGAAAUUUCUCGUCUUCGAAAAUUAUCAGAAAGUUAUUCAUCGGGAGUCUCUGCCGUCUAUCUCUCGGGAAGGGUUUAAGAGAUUUCUCUGCUCCUCUCCAAUAAAGCAAGAGAAAUAUACAGCGCCAGAUGGCCGAGAACGCCAGCUCGGCUCAUUUCAUCAAUGCUACCGAAUCGACGGUAAGUUAGUAGCGAUAGGGGUUUUGGAUCUUCUUCCAGACUGUGUCAGCACAGUAUACUUCUUAUAUCAUGAAUCUAUUCACAAAUUUAGCCCCGGGAAGCUUGGGGCUCUACGAGAAAUCGCGCUGGCGAUGGAGGGAGGCUACCGGUGGUGGUACCCUGGUUUUUAUAUCCACACAUGCCCGAAGAUGAGGUACAAGAUCGACUUCUCACCCCAACAAAUUCUCGACCCAGACACUCUAGGGUGGGUAGGACUUACUGGUGACAUUAUCAAAAAGUUCGACGACCACGGUCUCCUCCAUUUCCAAAGCGCCGAAGAAGGAAUCACUAAGACCGACUCUACCACUGACGAAGAGGCUAUGCAAUUAGAGGUCGGGGAAGGGGAGGGGGAAAUAAUCACCGAGGACGGUUCCGAUAGCGACGAGGACAAGCCGCUGUUCAACAGCAACAUGCCCGGUAUCCCCCCAAUUGAAGAUAUGAAACAAGUGGACUUGGAUCAUGUUGUGGUGCGUGUUAAUCGGGGUUACUGUUAUGCGGGCGAUCUAUUUGAUUGGCAUAACGAAAGCAUUAGCAGUGAGGGAUCGGCUAAGGCUCUGGUUGCAGAACUAGUAGCAGCGGUUGGUCCAGGGCUCGUACAUGAUAUCUGUUUGGACUUCAAGAAAUCAUGAGAAUAAGAUCACAAAACUGUGUCGGGUAAAUACGAAGGGGAUAUGGUCAUAAGACAUAGGUGAUAUUUGGUAUUACUAUCGAGCAUUAUAGUACCCAAGCGAUUGUAAAUAGCGAGACUAGCAUAAUGAGCUUUACGCAUCUGAUCGCUUCGUACUGUAGCUAUAGCGAUGAUGUGGAAUGGGAUUACGAGUCUUUCCA